AUACCCCAAUUUGACCACCGCAGACGAAAUUCGUCACAGAACCUUUAUCUUAUCAGCUGCAGCAGCGGCAGUGAUUUUACGGCCCAAGAUAACAGCAACGCUGUUAUCGUCCGCCGAAGAAAACAUCGAUCAUCCAUCACUCAAGAAUGAAGCUACGUAAUCUGCUGUUCCGCCUGCUGGCCGGUGCCCUCUGCCAGGUGCUGUUCAACGAGUUCUUCGUCUAUUAUUUGGUGCUGCUGGAGUGCCAAUGGCCCACGAAACCACACCCCGUAAACGGCCAGGAACCGGUCAAGGUAAUGCUCCUUGCAGACACCCACCUGCUGGGGCCCAUCCACGGCCACUGGUUCGACAAGCUGCGCCGCGAGUGGCAAAUGCACCGCACCUUCCAGUCCGCCAUGACGCUGUUCCGUCCGGAGGCCGUGUUCGUGCUGGGGGACAUUUUCGACGAGGGAAACUGGGUCAACCAGAAGGAAUUUGACGCGUACGUGGACCGGUUCCGGAAGUUGUUCCACACGCCGGAGGGAACGCAGCUUUACAGUAUCGUUGGAAAUCACGACAUUGGUUUCCACUAUGCGACCCAUCCCUAUUUGACGCACCGCUUUGGGAAGGCCUUCAACAACACCGGCGUCACGAUGACCAGCAUCCGGGGCGUUAACUUUGUCACGAUCAACUCGGUGGCCAUGGAGGGGGACGGUUGCCAGCUGUGCGAAACGGCGGAGAAGGAACUUCGUGGGAUUUCGGCAAUUUUCAAAUGUGGCCGCGGAGUCGGCCACGGAUGCAAAUCGGUCCCAAAACUAGAAGAGUACAGCCGGCCGAUCGUCCUGCAGCACUACCCGAUGUACCGCGAGUCGGACCGAGCCUGCCAGGAGUACGACGCGCCCCAAAUAGAACUGUACCGGGAACGCUGGGAAGUCAUCUCGAAAGAAUCAACCGAUCUCAUUGGCGAACUCAUCCAACCGCGGUUGUCCUUCAGCGGUCACACCCACCACUACUGCCACGUGGCGAAGAAUCGACUCGGCAUCGAGGAGUACACGCUGGCUUCGUUCAGCUGGCGCAACAAAAACAACCCGAGCUUUGUGCUGGCGCAGAUUUCCCAGUCGGAGCACACGAUCGCACGCUGCCAGAUGCCGGUGGAGAACACCAUCAUCAACAUCUACCUGGUCGGGGGGAUCGUGCUGGUGCUGAGUUCGAUCGUGCGGCUCGGAAGCUUCGUCAGCCAGUUGCGGAUGUUUUCGCGCGGUGGCCGGCGCGAGUACAGGAAGUUGGCGAAUACCUCAGCAAACAAAUUACCAAGGGACUGAAACUUGGACAUCCACGGAUCUUUUUUUUUGUGCUGAAUAUUCUAAAAACUUA